CAUUGUUACUGUUUUAUUACGAGGUGACUGGAGCUAUGCGUUUUGAAAUCUAGGUUGAAAACUCGUUCCCUUAGAACUGCUUUUUGUGUUUAAGUUUGUUGUCCUUCCCCCGCACCUCUGAUUCGCACGGCUGGCUUGAUUGUACGAUUUGUACAUCGUAAUUUUAUAUGAUAGACUUUUUCAUGCGGAACCAUUGCAUUUUUAGGCCAUCGUGGAUUUGCAUUUCGCUCGCUGGGUUUCAUGUUUAAUCAGGUAACACCCACGAGUCCGUGCGUACAAGGUUUUUAAAAAAAAAAAAUAGACAAUCAUACAAAGCAAUGGCGCGAGAGUGGAAUUGUGGCGUCAACCCCUUGUAAGCCACGCUUUGCAGUGUUUAACAAAAUCAGUGAACAGGGAGGCGCGUUUACUAAAAGUUUUUGCUGUUGUUGUUGGUCAACCGUCACUGAGUUGAUGUGAGUUAUCCAGCGUGACGGCGUCUGACUACCCCACCAAAGACAUGACCGAGGCGAGAGGAAAUUAACUAAACUGAAUGGAGAUGCAGACUGAAAUAGGCAAUUUAGUUCGUUACGAGAGACAGCAGCGCACUGAGGAAGACUAAAAACGGUAAUUGGAUAAACAACAUUUGUCGAGAAAAAUGAAUAUUUAUUGGUUUCAGUGAUUGGGUGACCUGAUAAUAUUGAGAAUUUCACUCUCCUCACACCAACAUUUCAUUACUCAGGCCUGGCUACAAUGCCCACAUGUUGUCCCAGACUAGACUAAGACUACAUGACAACAACAACAACUAAAUAAAACAUUCCGAUCAAAUGAACACUGAUCCUUUGCCAUGUGUAUCCAGCGUGCAACCAUCAUGGCCAGUGAGCUCAGCCUGCUGGCUUCUGGGUUGGGCCACAUGUCCAGACGGGGCCCGACCUCACCACGGCCACCCGGGGGACCUCCAGGGGUGGCCGAUUACACCUGGGACCUCCCGCCGCUCGGUCAUCCCGAGAUGGCAAGCUUCGAAGAGUCUUUCCUCAACAACACUCGCCAGCAGCACCCUGUGUCUGGGGGCUCAUUCCAGCAAAGCCAGGAUUCUCUGCCUUGCCAGGUCAAAGGGCCAUUCACAGGUCUGCUCGCGGAAGCAGAGCCCAUGUUUGCUUAUCCCAGCACGCCUUUCAGAACAACGCUUCCUGAUGGUCUAAAUGAUCCCUACCUCAUGGGCAAUGCAGAAGCCCUGUCUAAUUUGGAUUAUGGAAAUACGGUAAAUGGAAGCGUUUCAAAGGACUGCACUUCACAGGAGCCCUAUCACUGCACUGGGUCCAAUAUGAAAAUGUCGCACGGGAGUGUACAACUGACUCCUCCAUCCAGCAAGCACGAGCAGAGAAAGCAGUCGUAUUUACAACUCCACACAGAAAGCAAUGAGACCAAUGUAGGUGACCAGGAAAGAAUGAGUAAAAACUAUCAACAUUUUCCCAACUAUGCCUGGAGCGCUCCAAGUCAUGGUAAUGGGCAAAACAUUGCAGUGACGCAGCCUCAUAAAAGUCAGUUUGACACUCAGAAUGACAGCCAGCAGAAUGGAACAGUAAGCCCCCAAUAUGACAGAUUUGACCAUGAAUCAGAAUGGACAACGAUGUCACGCGACCAGUCCCCAAGGACCUCCAUGGGUACAGCCUCCCCAGACACUUCUUUGGACGGACAAGCCGGUAACGCUUCUGCGGUAGAAACGGGGCAAGAAUGUGGCAAUCUCUUGUCCACAUGCGGUGUCCAUCAAGAAUUUGUUCCAGAAUUGAGUUUCCGAGAUCGUCGACAGCAGAGUACAAAGUCACCAAAUGAGAAGCAGAACAGUGAUAUUCCGUGUAAAGAAAAUAAGAGGCCAUCGCCUGAAAAAUUAAAGGAAUUGCCACUCUCACUAGAAGAAGAGCCAUACCAAAAGGGCAAUAACGACACAACUUCACAAGGCAGCCCGGUUCGAACUUGCCACCCUUUGGGUAACCGUCAUUUGAUGGGUACCCGUGAAUUUGGCAAACAAGUUGCGUGUCAGCAGGAAGAGUUGACUCAUAAAUCACUACAACCAGACGGGACCCAGGGGCCUUGCUCUGACACAACUGGCAGAAAAGAAUAUUCUUGCCAGGUCCAUGACAAGUCCGAGAAUACAUCCCAGUGCACGUCAACGGGAACGGAGAUUACGGACCACAUAACGAUGGACGAGGAUGAUAACAGGUUACUAGUGGCCACUGGGAAUGCAGGCCGUGGUCAAACUGAAGAUACAACGAAGGCUGGAAGCAGCACAAUGGCAAUGGGAUCAGGGCUGCGCUGUGUGGGGUUUGGCUGCAGCCGCGCGCCUGUGCCGGGCUCUAUCUACUGCAGCAACCGCUGUAUCUUGAAACACGCGGCCUAUGCCAUCCAGCGGCUGGAGAAGAGCCGAGAGAUGCACGCCAAUGGUGGAAAGCCCACGACGGUCGUGUCGGUCAAGCAGGAAAUCAUCUCCUUCGUGGUUGCAAAUGAUAAGGUGAAAAAAAGGAGCAGCGUUGUCCCCGACGAGGUGAUCAUGCAGACGUCUGCUGCGCCCAGUGAUGAUGUUGAAAGUGAGAAAGAGGAAAGCAUUAUCCCACCAGAGCCCAGGCGUGCGGCUUUAAAUAGUGAGACAGAAGAGGGAUCGACUCGUAAUCGAAAGGCUCAGCCCACCCACGAGGGAGAGGUCAUCCCAUCGGGCGUCUUCUACAAGCCCGCAAACGAUAACAAAGAAGCGCGCCUUCGUGACACCCUGUACAUCCUGCGCAAAGAGAGGACGGACUCCCGGCAGUCGCUCGCGUACGGCAAGAAGCGCCGCUUGGCGCCGAGAGAGCCGAGGGAUAAAAAGGAAAUGAAAAAUCUGAAUUCGAAUGAAAUCGAGGGAGAGGCCCAGCAGCACUGCAACCCGGCGAAAGUCGCCAAGGCCGCAGCGGUUGACUGGCAAAUUCGUCAGACAGUAAGGAAGGCCUUCAGGGAUACCUUGCUGAAAAGGUUUAAAGAGAUUGGAGGACCGAAAGUGAAUAUGAAAGAUGUUGCCAGGCUUGCUCUUCAAAUUGAGAAAGAGUUGUACGCUUUCUUGGGCCAUGCUGAAAGCAAAUACAAGACAAAAUACAGAACCUUGAGUUUUAAUUUGAAGGAUCAAAAAAACAAGGGGCUCUGCGGGCAGGUGCUGGCCGGCGAAGUGAGCCCACACACUGUGGUGAGAAUGAGUCCCCAGCAAAUGGCAUCCCAGGAACUGGCAGAGUGGCGUGCACGAGAAAACAAGCACAUGAUUGAACUGAUUGAGAAAGAGCAGCAGCAAAUGGAGAAAAGACCAAUCACAAAGACCACACACAAAGGGCUCGUGGAGAUUGGUGAUGUGACCUCUCUGGUGGACAUGCAGAACUCUACCCUGGAGAGGGAAGUAGAUAAAAGGAGCGGGAGAAAAGCAUUCCUUCAGAGAAGUUCUGCACCGCUGGAUGCAGCCAAGCAAGGCACGUCUCAAUUGUCUGAUCACAACUGGAAACUCUGCAAAGUGAAGGACACUGAUGAACCGUCCUCAAAGAAGGCCAAGCCUGCCGCCAGCACCCAACAGGCAGAGUUGGGUAAGAGGGCAUCCCAGCAUCCUCCGGCUUCGGCUGACAUGGCCCACGGCUCCAGCCCUGAUGCAGGACCACCACCGAACGGAGAGGCCGGGGACGCUGACGGAGGCGAGGCGGCUGAGAGCGCUGCGGCAGAUUCGCACAAGUCCCCUCAGGUCUCCGGCGCAUCUCCUCGCACCUCGUCUUCGCCAGCGCCCACUGAAGUGUCGCACAAUGACGACAUUCAUGACAGUCUCGAGGUUGUUGGCAAUGAUGAUGGCGAUGACGGCGUUAAUCGCGACGGCGAUGAAACAACGUGCGGAGGAGGGCCCGCACCGAGUUUUCAGCAGGACGCCACAGGAGGGCAGCCGACACGCAGUCCGAGGGAAGAAAGCAGUGGGCUCAUGCAAAAGAUCAGAGGGAGCCGGUCUUUGUGUGAUGCUAUGGCAGAGAUUGUGCAAGGGCCUUUGGUCGACGUGUAUGUCAGUGAGUUGCCUUGCAAGCCUUUGAAUGAAUCUGAUUGUGAAGAGAAAUGGAUCUCAUCUCCUGUCACGGACACACAGCAGCUGCCACAUAUCAGAUCUCCGGAAAAAGGUAAAGAUGCAAAAGCUGCAUCUUUGCCGGGAGAGAUCUGGAAAGGGUUUAUUGGGCUUCCCAAUGUGGCCAAGGUUGUCAUGAAGGCCUAUCCUGUGUCCGGCCCUACAGACAAUCUCACUGAGGAUUUACCGGAUUCAAUUCAAAUUGGGGGGAGGAUUCAUCCGCAGGUGGUUUGGGAUUAUCUUUAUAAGCUCAAAGCAACUCCCUCAAAGGAGGCCUGCAUCAUCCGCUUUGUACCGGCAUCCGUGGAGGAACGCGACGGGUACCAGUCCGUGUUCUCGUACCUGAGUGGCCGCAAGCGUUACGGGGUAAUUUCCAACAACUCGCACUCGGUGAAGGACCUGUACAUCAUCCCCACGGGAGCCGGACAGAAGUUCCCAAGCAGCCUGAUCUCUCUGUUAGGCCCAGGACUGAACAACACAGAGGCAGGGGCAAUUGUGGGCGUGCUGGUUCGUCAGAAAGGGAAACGGCAGCAAGCGGACGAGCAGGUCUGCGAGGGCCCUGCCGAUUGUCGCGCGGAACAACGGGUGACGAAGACGUGCGACGCUCAGAGGCGAGCGCACCCUCCCAACGCUUGCCCCAGGUGCACGGGCGCCUCUCACUCCACGGACGCGAGGAACCCAAAGGCGUGCAAGAGCUGCCCAGAGAGUAAAUGCGAUCAAGGCGGCGCUGCGCGCAAAGGUUUGGACAACAACUCGAAAGCUGAAUGUGCCUCGACCGGGAAAAUUUCACCGAUCGCGGAACCAACCCACCACGGCAGUGGACGCGAGCCGGCAGACCCGCAGCAAAUCGCACGUGGUGAUUGUCAGCUGAGUCAGCAGCAGCCUCCGACUGGCACCGCCACAGCGUCAGAUCGACCCCAGAGCAGCUCAUUCUUAGGUUCAGAAGAACAUGCCCAAAGGAGCCACUCGGUGAAAACAUCGACUCGUGGAUGCAAUCCCGUUCAGGCAGAACAAACCGGGAAAUUUAAUAACGAGACACCCAUUUUAAAUUUCAAAUUAAACCAAAAAUAUGGCCUCGCUGGCAAAAAUGUCGAUGUUAAAUCUAACGGCGUCCCCGGUGAGGUGUUCCCACACUCCGCCGUCAUCCAACACCAUCAAGACGCAGCCCAGAUAAUUAAUAAGCAACCGUUAAAGGGGAAUAAACGCGCGGAAGCCCCAAGGGAGCCAGUGCCGGUGGCGAACAACCCGGGCGGUCAGGUUUUCCGCCGCCUCUUGUUUUCCACUGCAGCCGUGUCGGAGAAAGGGCACGGCCUUGCUUCGACGGAGAUUAACCCCACGCGGAGCCAGACGGAUGUCACAUCGACACCGAACGCCACUACGGUGAGGGCACCGAGGGACCCACGCACACGCCGGCCUGGUGCCUUUCCUAACGUACCGGUGGUGGACGCGCGGCACGCAGCGGCCGUUCGUGGAGCGGUGAAGGAAAACGGCCAAGGCAACGCAGUGCCACGGAAUGUCACGGAAGGUCUGUCCGUGAGAGAGUGUGCCGAUGUUCAAAGUUGCAGAGCAAAUAACGAUUCCAACCCUCUGAUUACAAGGCCCCCAGAUGUGCCUCGUUUGUCGAACGCGAUUCAGAAACGUGUGAGCGCACCACGGCUGCCAUUGGCGCAGGAACUGAUGGAGGCGGGUAGAGUAUUUGAGUGCGAGCCGAUGGAAAAUAUUUGCGCUGUAGGUACUACCCGUGGUGACGUAUCGCCACCGGUGAAUGCCCGUGUGCCUCCGCCGUCCGAAGAAGCUUUGGGACAAAUGAAGGCUCUUCUUCCGACGCCCCCACCCCAUUCACAUGUGCCGCCCGACGUUAUGGAGAGUCCCCCCCGUUUUUAUUCCCCUCCUCCCAGGUGCCCCCCAGGUCCACCUCCAUUCCCAAUCGGCCUCUUCCCGCCCUUGGAGCCACUGCCUUUUGAGCAACCCUUCUUUGAAUACUAUGAUCCUCGGCCCAGGCUUCCUGCCCGGAUGCCUUUCCACCACUUGGCUCAGGAAUUCCAUCCACGCUGGUUUCAUCCUUUCCACCAACCAAGGUGGCCUGCGGUGGGUCCACUCUUCCGCCCCUAUUCUGUGAGGCCUCCACGGAGAAGGUUUCCUCGUGCCAUAGACGAUGUCUGAGGGGGUCAUCGUUUUCAUCCUUGGUGUCCAGGAGCUUUCCCUCUGUCGCACCGUCUUCCAUUAUGCACAUAUUUAGCCACUUGAAAUCAAGCGAUACGUUGCUUUGGCAUCGUUUUGUUGCCGGUAAUUUUACUCCAAUUGUGCUAUCGGCGUCAUGGCAUGAGAUGAAGAAUCCAUGCGGAUCUCUAGCAACCCUUCAGGUGAGAGAAUGGGCUGUGGAAGCGGAUGUCACAGCUAUACCUUGAGAUCCUUGUGAUCUACACAGUAGAGGGCAUACAUUUCCCCGCUACCCUGUGUAUUAGGGUAAUGUUUGCCAGGUGACAGUCAAAGUUAUAUUUUUUUUAGCCAGAAGAAAAUGUAGUGAAGUAUCUUGAAGGCACAGCAGCACGCAGUUCAACUGCUGCAUGGCCUGCAGGCUCAAGUAAGAUCACCGUGGCAGCUGAAUUAAUUGUAUGAACUCACAUUAAUUGGUGCCUAGGAACAAAAACAAUCUCAUCUAUUUUUAAGUUCUGAUUCAAUUAUACAAUAUUAUUAUUCACAAGCAACGACCCUCUGUAAUAUACAAAAUAACAUUGGGAUAUGAUCAUGAAUCUACGUCAGCACUUCAGUCUAAAUGCUAGAGUCCUGCAUCUUUUUUUGAAAUAUACAAAUCUUUUGCUUUCAUGUAUCAACAUAAGGAUAAUAUAUUUGUGUACACAGUGCUUCUAUUAAAUUCAGUAACAUGCUGGGUACUUGAUUUAUCCACCCAUUUAUGUCUGCUUCACUUUAAAUAAAGUGGAUAAAUGAGCUUGAUGCCUUUAGUGUUGAGAUUGGUUUGUUUCGUGUUUAUGAGUUGUAUACAAUUUGUACAAGUUGGUAUAAAAACAAAUAAGAACCACUCUCAUCUGAUAAAAUGUAGCGUACUUACAUUUGUCAUUGUAAGGUGACAAACCUCAUAUAAAUCCUGAUAUUCAUGCAGAAUUUUAUAUAUUUACAAUAUCCUAAAAUGGAUGGUACAGCAUAUCAAUCUGCGUCAUCUUAAACCGUGUAGCAUAGUAAUGAUAUUUCUCUGCAGCAUUUGUGAUGCUUUACUGGAAAUAUUUUACCUGCUGUAGUGUGCAUGAAACAAUUCCCUGUUAAUCGAGGAAUUCAUUAAAAAUCCAAUACCUAUUAUAAGUCAACGCCUGUUAAAAGUGCCAUUAUAGUCGUGUAUAUAUUUUUUUAUAUUUUAUUACGAAGUCCUAUAAAAGUGCGUCCUUAUAUUUCCGUGUUUGUAGAUAAUGGACCGUUCUACGUUUCCACCAGUGUGCCUCAUUUUUAUUAUUAUUAUUUUACAUGGCCUGCCAGAGAUAACAUUCAUAACACGUGAGAGCAAAUGUCAUUUCUUUUUAAUGCAAAUUCAAAAAAAGGUCAAAUUUCAUUUGAAAUAUUUCCGAGUUAUUUUUGGGUGGCAAUAAUGAAUCUGGUAACAUGCGGUGCCUUACAUGAUCAUUUAAAUAUCACUGCUUGUAGUAACAAAUGCUCUUUUCCUUAACUGGCCGCCAAUUUUCAUAAGAGUUGGUUCUUUUAAGUCAAAGGUGAGACCAUUUAUGAAAUUACCAAUGGACUCCGUUAGUUGAUGCGUUGGUUAGCACACUGCAUUAUGACCAUGGUAAAAUAGGAUGCACGCCAGAGUAAAUCAUGCCUUCAGCUGGUCUGGUGCCCCCCUAUAUUAACUUGGUCUGAUAUGGGGGUACCCGCUGGGUAAAUGUCAGAAGAUGGAAUGAUAAAAGUGGACGGGCAUGUGUGGUGUUGGCCACGUUCUACAGCGACCUUAAUAGGUGCUCGCCAACACAACUGCGUGCAAUGGUCCUUAAGGAUAGAGUUAUUGAGAUUGUUUGUUUCCAUGUGUGCAUACUUGAGCUUCAUCUACGUAUGAUCCUUGAAUAAAAUAUGUAAAACCAGUGCCGUAGUUUCUUUGGAUUAAUUGUGAUGAAUAAAAUCUGACUUUAUACCCAU